AUGAGGACUGCCUCUCUUCUGCUGACGGCCAGCGUCGCGUGCGCCUGGUCGUCCCCAAUCAAGCGCGACUGGUCCCAGGGCGAGGGCGACGACGCCGUCGGCCACGCCUACACCGAGAUCGGCCAGGGCGGCGGAGACGACGCCGUCGGCCACGCCUACACCGAGACCUCCUCUCGCUCCGCUGCAACUGGCACCGCCGGUCAGGGCCAGGGUAACAACGCCGCCGGCUCGACGCUCACUGAGAACGGCGGUGGCCAGGGUGCUCCGGGCUCGACUGCGACCGAGGCCGCCGGUCAGGGCCAGGGCAACAACGCAGCCGGAUCGACUCUGACCGAGAACGGUGGUGGCCAGGGCGCCCCCGGCUCAACCGCCACCGUCAGCCUCCCCGGUUCGGCUGUCCCUAUUCCCUCUGGAUCCGGUUCUGACAACACUGGCGGCGGCGACGGAGGCGUCCCCGGUGGCCCUGGCUACAACUCCGGCGUCAACCCUAGGCAGACGUUCAGCUUCCUUUCUCCCACUGUUGACUUCCAGCCUGCGGGCCUGUGGAAGACGUCCAACCUCGACGCAUUCACCGAGUCUGGCCCGGCCAACGCCUCGGUCUCCGUCGCUGGCUCCGGCAUCUUCUUCAGGGGCCGCGGCAACCCCGAGGAGUGGACGGUUUACGUGAACGGCACGGCCGGCGACCAGCUCAAGUCGACCUCGUGGGGCUGGGACGCCAUUGUCAACAUCCGCAAGGAGGACGCCGACCACCCCGCCUUCGUCAAGACGACCGCCUCCGUCUCCGGUCUCGAGUACGGCUACUACGUCUUCACACUCGGCUCGAGCGGCAACCUUACUUUCAACACUGCUGAGCCCAACAACGCCGGCGAGCGCUACCGCCUCGCGCCUGCCAAUGCUACCAAGAUCGGCCAGGACUCCCACGUCAAGAAGGAGGGCAACUGGGAGGGCGAGGACGGAGUGCUGUACACCAAGGCCAAGGGCGCCAAGCUCACCAUUACUGUGCCCCAGGCCACGGCCAUGCUCGAGCUCCGCGCCGGCCAGCCUCCCGUCCCCUUCGCCGACUUCCGCGUCACGAUCACCCCGCCUCCCCUCUAUGGCCCUUCGGUCCAGGAGUUCCACCCCAACCUGCAGGGCGGCGGCAUCUCGGCUCUGAUCUACAACGGCAACAUCCCCAUCUAUUCUACCCUUCUCAACCCCAACUUCAACUACAACGUCGUCGUCGAGACCACUUCCGACCAGGACGAGGCGUUCUCCGUCCACGACAUCACUUACUACCCGUGA